AUGGCGUGCACAUAUCCCACGGUUAUUCCUCCAGCACUGUGGGUGUCCCGGUCCACGGGCUAUUUCGAGCUGCAGCUUAACUCGGUGCGGAAUGUAAACGGCGAGUUGCUCAAUGGGGAAUGCUGCGAUGGCAUGAAAAGCCCCCAGAACCUGGACUGUACCCGGGACGAGUGCGACACUUACGUGAAAGUCUGCCUCAAGGAAUAUCAGGCCAAGAUCACUCCGGUCGGACCCUGCAACUACGGAUUCGGAUCUACCCCCGUUCUCGGUGGAAAUAUUUUCUAUUUGAACAGCAACAAAUACUCCCAUCAAGGCAGAACCCCCGAGACGGGCAGGAUUGUUAUUCCCUUUCAGUUUGCCUGGCCGAGAUCGUUCACAUUAAUAAUAGAAGCAUGGGAUUGGGAUAAUGAUACAAAAGCGGGUGAAGACUUGUUAAUAGAACGAGUGGCACAUGCUGGCAUGAUCAACCCAGAAGAUCGAUGGAAGACACUACAAUUUAAUGGUCCUGUUGCCCAUUUUGAAGUACAAAUAAGAGUGAAGUGUGAUGAAAAUUACUACAGUGCUCUGUGCAAUAAAUUUUGUGGCCCUCGAGAUGAUUUUGUUGGUCACUACACAUGUGAUCAAAAUGGAAACAAAGCCUGCAUGGAAGGUUGGAUGGGAGAAGAAUGUAAACAAGCUGUAUGUAAACAAGGAUGUAAUUUGCUCCAUGGGGGUUGCAGUACACCUGGGGAAUGCAAGUGUCAUUAUGGUUGGCAAGGACAGUUCUGUGAUGAGUGUGUCCGCUACCCAGGCUGUGCUCAUGGGAGCUGUAAUGAACCAUGGCAGUGUAAUUGUGAAACCAACUGGGGUGGCCUGCUCUGUAACAAAGAUCUGAAUUACUGUGGAAAUCACCAUCCUUGCCUGAACGGUGGAACCUGUAUGAAUACUGAACCAGAUGAAUAUCGCUGUGCUUGCCCAGAUGGCUACUCUGGAAAGAACUGCGAAAUUGCGGAGCACGCUUGCGUAUCUAAUCCCUGUGCUAAUGGUGGAAUUUGUCAUGAAAUUUCAUCAGGCUUCAAGUGUCACUGCCCAUCAGGGUGGAGUGGACCAACAUGUGCUAUUGAUAUUGACGAAUGUGCAUCUAAUCCUUGUGCUCAAGGAGGGACCUGUAUUGAUGGUGUUAAUGCAUUUGAGUGUAUAUGUCCACAACAGUGGAUUGGAGCAACAUGUCAGCUUGAUGCUAAUGAGUGUGAGGGGAAACCCUGUGUUAAUGCUUACUCUUGCAAAAAUCUCAUUGGUGGAUAUUACUGUGACUGCAUUCCAGGAUGGACAGGAGUAAAUUGUCAUAUCAAUAUUAAUGACUGUCAUGGACAAUGUCAACAUGGAGGAACUUGUAAGGAUGAAGUGAAUGGUUACCAUUGCUUAUGCCCUCGUGGUUUCACAGGAAAAAACUGUGAGAUGGAAACAAAUGAGUGUGAAAGCAAUCCGUGCCAAAAUGGAGGCCGUUGCAAAGACCUGGUGAAUGGAUUCAGUUGCCUGUGCUCACAGGGCUUCUCAGGAGUCUUCUGUGAGAUGGAUAUUGAUUUCUGUGAACCUAACCCUUGCCAGAAUGGGGCUAAAUGCUAUGAUCUGGGAGGAGAUUAUUACUGUGCCUGCCCUGAUGACUAUGAUGGAAAGAAUUGUUCUCAUCUCAAGGACCACUGCAAGAACAAUUCUUGUAAAGUAAUAGACAGCUGUACAAUAGAAGUCUUCAGUAAUGCUACCCAAGAAGGAGUCCGUUUCAUUUCGUCUAAUGUUUGUGGGCCUCAUGGACGGUGUAUUAGUCAGCCAGGAGGAAAUUUUACCUGUGCCUGUGAAAGAGGUUUUACUGGAACAUACUGUCAUGAAAAUAUCAAUGAUUGUCUUGGGAAGCCUUGCAAGAAUGGUGGGACAUGCAUCGAUGAAGUUGAUUCUUUUAGAUGUUUCUGCUCAAGUGGCUGGGAAGGAGAACUGUGUGACACAAAUUUCAAUGACUGUUCUCCUAACCCAUGUCACAACGGUGGCCGAUGCAUUGAUUUGGUAAAUGACUUCUAUUGUGAGUGUAAGAAUGACUGGAAAGGCAAAACUUGCCAUUCACGUGAAUACCAAUGUGAUGCAAAUACUUGUAGCAAUGGUGGAACAUGCUAUGAUGAUGGAGAUACAUUCCGCUGUUCAUGUCCUCCAGAAUGGAUAGGAAGUACUUGCAACACUGCUAAAAACAGCAGCUGUAUUCCAAACCCUUGCAUGAAUGGUGGAACGUGUGUUGGCAGUGGAGAUUCCUUUUCUUGCAUCUGCAAAGAAGGAUGGGAAGGACGUACAUGCACACAGAAUACCAAUGACUGCAACCCUCAUCCAUGUUACAAUGGAGGCAUCUGUGUUGAUGGUGUGAAUUGGUUUCGAUGUGAAUGUGCGCCUGGGUUUGCUGGUCCUGACUGCAGAAUUAAUAUUGAUGAAUGCCAGUCUUCCCCUUGUGGAUAUGGUGCCACUUGUAUAGAUGAAAUAAACGGAUACCGAUGCACUUGUCCCCCUGGAAGAAUUGGUCCUAGGUGCCAAGAAGUGAUUGGAAUUGGAAAGCCUUGCUGGCUUAAGGGAAUGACCUUUCCCCAUGGCAGCAGGUGGGAUCAAGAAUGCAACAACUGCCACUGUUUGGAUGGCCGUAUUGACUGCACCAAGGUGUGGUGUGGGAAAAAACCUUGUCUGUUACACAAACACUGGGAUAAUUCAAAUAACCAGUGUCCCAUGGGUCAAGAAUGCCAGGAGAAGUAUAUGAAAUGUUUUCAGCCACCAUGCACGGACUGGGGAGAAUGCAGUGCCUCUGAACCUCUGCCUACCAAUAUCAAGUGUCUGCCUAAUUCUGGAUACUUGGACAAUGACUGUGCUAGAAUUACUUUAAUUUUUAACGGAGACAAAGUCCCCCAGGGCACUACAACUGAAAAUAUCUGUUCUGAAAUCCGGUAUUUACCAGCUACUAGGACCGUUUCUAGGGACAGAACUCUGAUAAUAAUAUGCGAUCUGUCUUACUCCACAGAGAAUGCAGUGGAAGUUGCUAUUUCUUUUGUCCCACAUAGAGAUGAACAAGAUAAUAGCCUCAUACAGAAUGCUGCUAAUACAAUAGUAAAUGCAAUCACUAAGCGGCAAAACAGCACUGUUAUGUUGGCAGUAACUGAAGUCAAAGUAGAGACCAUCGUUGUUGGGAAUUCAUCUUCAGAUUAUUUGGUUCCAAUUCUUUGUGCGGUAUUUAGCAUUGUAUGGCUGACUUGUAUAAUCAUCUGCGUGUGGUGGACUCGGAAGAGAAGAAAAGAGAGAGAGAGAAGUCGUCCUCCCAGAGAAGAGGGUGCCAAUAACCAGUGGGCGCCUUUAAAUCCCAUAAGAAAUCCUAUAGACAGAUCUUACAGUAACAAAGACAUUCGUUAUGAAUGCAAAAACUUCAUAUCUCCUCAAAAAAGAACUUGUGAUGCAGUAGAGGAGUAUGUAGAGUAUGAGGAAGAAGAGGAUGAAGAGGAGGAAAGAGAUGAGGAAAUGGACAAAUUCCUCUCUCACAAACUUGCAAAGCCUUUGCCAACAAAGGCAUCUGACACAUCAGAGAGCAGUCCAGUAAAGAAAUCCCAUCAAAUAGGCAAAAUGGACAACAGAUCUGUAAAAAAUGUGAAUGCAUCAAACUUUGAAGGCAGUAGAGACUAACCUGUAUUUGGAAUGUAGGCAGACUGCGCCUACGCUUGCUGGGGAGGGGAAAAAUUGACAUCUCCACUUUUCAAGGACUAAAAAUCUGGAAUCAAAUGUUCAUAGUUUCUUUAUUUUGCGUAAAAAAAAUAAAUAAAUAAAUAAAAAUAAUAAAUAAAAUUUAUUUUGUUUCUUUAGCUUUGUAUAUAUUAUUCAAUGACUGUCAGAUGAAAAAAAUGAGUAAUCUUUGAUAGUUGCUAUUUUUGUAAAGUUUACUUAUAAUACACUCGCUGUGUGGCAGAGGAGAGGUUGUAUUUUCAAUAUGUGUAAAGUUUAUUACAAAAGACUGUACACUGUUUACAGAAUGUAUUUCUUUUUAUUACU